AUGCCGGUGGCGCCCAGAGCGGCAUCAGUCAGUGCACCGGCUCUUCCCCCUGACAGCGACAUGCAGCUCCUGGUGGCGUCUGCUCUCUUGCUGCUCGCAGGGUGCGCCUCUGCGCGGCCAGAAGCGCCUGCGCAGCAGUACGGCGCGCCAGACGCGGCUCCGUACCCUCCCUCAGGCUGGCGUCCGGAAGGUCGGCAGUUCUUCCUGCCUUCCAGGAGCUCCGGCCUGUACGCGCCGCCGCCACAGCAGUACGGCCCUCCGCCCCCGCCCGCCCCCACGACCACAGAGGCUGCCGAGACCACCACCACCGAGCUGCCCACCACGACGGCUCCUUCAGACGCGGCUUCCGACGGCUCUCGCGCCCUGGAGUCCGGCGUGUACUACCUGCUGCAGCCGGACGGCCGCCUCCAGCGCAUCACCUACGCCCACGGGCCCGCCGCCCCCGCCUCGGCCUCCGCCCCCGCCGCCUCGCCUCUGCUGCCGGAGCGGCUGUCGCUGCCUGCAGACCCCGGGUACCUGGCGCGCUUCCACUACCAGGACCUGCUGCCGCAGGGCGCACCCGUCUUCGCAUUCCGGCAGGCCGGGCUGAUGCGCAUCUUCUGA